CACCCUUGGACUCCGGGCAAGCCCAGUUGCUUUUCCGCCGGCUUCAUUUUAUUCGUUUGCGCUUUCUCAUCAACCAAACGACGCAAGGUUUCGAGAAAAAGAAUAUGAACGCUAGCAGUAAUUUGGUUGCAGAAACCGUGUGGAGAGACAUCGCUUCGGCUCGUUCAGUCACCGACGAACAGCUAUCAAUAUUGCACUUUUUGUUCGGGAAGAACUUUGAGCGGGCUACUAGGAUAGUAGAUCAACGAGGUGUGAAGAAGAUCUGCGGUGAACCAAGUGGGCGAUCCAUCUUUCAGGUUGUAGGUGAAUCUCGGAGGAAGGAGGAAUAUUUCUGUUUCCCGGAAAACUACUGUGGUUGUUAUUCAUUUUUCUAUGACAUUGUAAACAAAGGAGAACAGCUUUGUUGUAAACAUCAAUUAGCUGCUAGACUUGCAGCAUCACUGGGAGCAUGUGUUGAUGUUAUGAUGUCGGACAAGCAACUAGCUCUGCUUCUUUCAAAACUAUGAUAUUCUAGAGAAGCUACACUAUUUGGACUUGAAGAGGAAACUGAAGCAGUGGUUUUGAGUUCGAGAGUUGUGCCGCAUGCGACUUAGAUUGCUGCUGUGCCUACUAUGCUUAAAUGAGGUUUAAGAGUCAGGUGAAAUGGUUGAUGAUACUGCCACCAAUUGGCUGUUAGGAGUUAUCCACAUUAGCAGGCCUAGAUGAUAAUUUUGUGUAGCAUGAGCAAAAGAAUGUUAAAACGACCCUAUAAAGCUUAAGCCUCAUGGUCGAGGUGAGAACUA